CCUCGGGUGUCGCUGUAUCGGCCUGUGCGCUCCAUACCGGCGUCUCCGGCGCUCCAGUGGGGGCGCAGGGCUGAGCGCAGGGGUGCGGGGCGGUCUCGCCGCGGUCUAGGGGCGGCGGAGGCGGCGGAGUCGGUGGUCCUGGGGCUAUGGCCGCCUCGGUGUUCUGCUGCCUGCGAUGCUGCAGAGACGGCGGUACCGGCCACAUCCCUCUGAAGGAGAUGCCGGCCGUGCAGCUGGACACGCAGCACAUGGGAACAGAUGUUGUCAUUGUAAAAAAUGGAAGAAGAAUAUGUGGAACAGGAGGUUGUUUAGCCAGUGCACCGCUACAUCAAAACAAAAGCUACUUUGAAUUCAAAAUCCAGUCUACAGGAAUCUGGGGUAUUGGAGUUGCAACCCAGAAAGUUAACUUGAAUCAGAUUCCUCUUGGCCGAGAUGUGCACAGUCUGGUGAUGAGGAAUGAUGGCGCCCUAUACCACAACAACGAGGAGAAAAACAGGCUGCCAGCAAACAGCCUUCCACAGGAGGGAGAUGUGGUGGGUAUUACGUAUGAUCAUGUAGAACUCAAUGUAUAUUUAAAUGGAAAAAACAUGCAUUGCCCAGCAUCAGGUAUACGAGGAACAGUGUAUCCAGUUGUUUAUGUUGAUGACAGUGCAAUUCUGGAUUGCCAGUUCAGUGAAUUUUAUCAUACUCCUCCACCUGGUUUUGAAAAAAUAUUAUUUGAACAGCAGAUCUUCUGAAUGUAUUUGUUUUUUGAAACUUGUAUUCUUCACUGUUUAAAGUGUUUACCGUUUAAUAAAGCUUUACCUGAGCUACAGAUGAAAAUAUAUUCUUAAAAAUAUGCUUGUUAAUGUCUACUGUACCAAUAUAUUCAGUAUACCACAAGGAAGUUGUGAUUUAAAAUACUUGUGUUUUGAGAUAGGAAAAUCAGCAUUUGGGGCAGUUUAUUUAAUUCUUAUUUAAAUAAAUUUAACAUUAUGGGUUUAAUUAACAGUAUUAAAUGGAAAUAGAGAGAGAAAGGUGUAAAAGGGAAUCUUAGAGAUGUAGAGUUGAGUGGGUUUUUUGUUUGUUUGCCUUUCUGAAGCUUAGACCUCACAACUGUGUUGAGUCUAUAGUCCAGUAAUCCUGUGUGUCUGUGUCCUGUUUUACAUACAAUAUAACAGAGUGAAAGAAAUUAUAUUGUUAGCAGCUUCAUUUUUUGGCAGUCUAUUUACUAUAAAAUGUACCACUUUUCUUAAAAUUCAAAUUGCGUAUUUUGUUUGUAUGAUGUCAUUGUUUUAAUUUGCUCUGUGAAAGAAAUAAUGUGUCUUAGAAACUGUCAGAGCACUUUGUUGAGGAUCAUCGCGCUCUAUAGGUGCCGAUUGGUGAGCAGUGUAAUGUACACUGGCAGACAGGACAGUAUGAUGGAGCUCGAAGCUUAAAUUUAAAUGACAUUAUUCUUUUAUGGACUAUUUUACUUAAAUGUGUGUUUUUCUGUAAUGAAUAAUAAAAUAGUAAUUAAUCAGUCUGUUAAACACAUGGCCAUCCUGUUUUCUUAGUUACACAGUAAAUCCACUUCACCUUUGGUUAUUUCAGAAACUCAGAGAGAAGUGAAUCCUCUCCAUGGCCCUGAACCUUCGCCCAGUUCUGUGUAAGAAUCACUGUCUUUGUUAACACUCUGCUAACCUGAGGUGAGCACUGUCCACAUCUUGAGGUAGUCUCUCAUUUCAAAUAAGCAUGCCACGGAGGCAUGAGUGUCACUCCUUUAUCAAUAAGGAGCAGUAUGGUGUGCUAGAAAAACAUGGGUGUUAGAGGGUGCUCUGAACUGUAGUUUUGCUGCCUAACCGCAUCGUCUUCUUAGGCAAGUUCCUCAGUCCCUGUCCCUGUGAGACCCAGAUUCCUUAUUUAAAAAGGGGUAACCAUAUUUAACUUGGUAGGAUUCUGUAACUAGUUAAUAAAUAAUGUAUGUAAAACACCUUAAUCACCAUUAGGAAAAAAAAAAACAUUGCCUUGGAGACUAUUCAAACUUAUAGUAAUCCUAUAGGACAGAGUACAACUGCCCCAUAGGAUUUCCAAGGAGCAACUGGCGGAUUCAAACUGCCAACCUUUUGGUUAGCAGCCAAGCUCUUACCCACUGGCCACCAGGGCUCCUUAAUCAUCAUAGGCACUUAAUAAAUGUAGCUUCCUUGUCGACUGUAAAGCAGUGGUUUUCAUAGUUGGUCCUCAGACCUGCAGCAUCAGGAUCACGUAAGGACUUACUAGAAAUGGAAGUUCUCAGGCCCCACAGAGACCUACUGAAUCAGAAAUUCCUGGGGUUAGGCCCCAGCAGCCUGUGUUUGUUUGCUUUUUCCCUGGUGGGUAUGAAGUGGUAUGUUAUAGUUAAAGUUUCCCUUUGCAUUUCUCUAAUGACUAAAAUGUUGAGUACCGUUUCAUGUACUUGUUAGCCAUUUAUAUAUCUUCUUUCAAAAAGUGUCUCUUCAAGUUUGUGCCCAUUUUAAUUGAAUUGUUUGUCUUUUAUUGAUUCAUAGGUAUUGUUUAUAUUCUGGAUAAAAGUUUUUGUCAUAUAUACAUAUAUUACUAAUGUUUUCUCAGUCUGUGGCUUGCCUUUUUUAUUUUUUCUGUUUGCUUAUUAUUCUUAUUAUGCUUUGGGUGAGAGCAGUAACCUGUCUUUUAACACGCCCUUCAGAUGAUUCUCAUGCACACUAAAGCCUGAGAACCACUGCUCAACAAGGACAGAAUUUUUUACCUAAUUAUAGCCCAGUAUAACUUUUCUAAGGAUGUAACACAGGCUAUUUUUAACCCAAAGGGUAGAGAAUCCAGCACAAUGUUUAUUUACUGUUUAUUUGGUAGGCAAAAAAAGUGGUAAUGUGCUUUGAAAACAGAGGUAUACUUGAGUAAUAUAUUUAUUUACAUAAAUCCCACAUUUUCCUCUGAAGAUGUAUGGAGUUGAACUAGCUGUGUAUUGCAGUAAAGCCUGCAAAAGCCAGAACUUGUGUAAGGCAGAACCCUGUCAGAGAAGAAAACUCAAGGAAAAACAAGGUAAUCCUAUCGAUCUGCAGCUCUCAACGGUUUCACUGUAUUUGUGCAUUUUAUCUGAUUUUAUGUCAUAGUAAUUUUAAUUCAUAAAGAACAUGCUUAGGAAAGUGAAUUAAAAUAACUUCUGUUUGCUGUCUUCAUAAUAUUAUCUACCUGUUUAUUAUUUUUUAAAGCCAGCCUUUUCUUAAAAUCCUCAUCGUCCAUUCCUCAAGACUGUCUUUUCUGCUUCUAAUAAUCAGAAUAGACCUAGUACUAAAAAUGAUACAUGAGUUAAGUCCAUGGCAACAAUUUGAUGAAGUCUAGAUUUUUUUAACCUGUAAGUAUUUAAUCCUCUUGUGAAAAUUACAGUGACUGGUCCUCCUCCUCAAAACCCAUUACCCCAGUCUAAUCAUGAGAAAAACAUCACACAAAUUCCACUACAAAAUUCCUAUAAAACAUUUGACUAGUACUCCUCAAAACUGCCAAUUCAGCAAAAGCAAGGAAAGUCUGAGGAACUUUCACAGCCAAAAGGAGGUUGAGGAGACAUGACAAGUAGACAUAAUUUUGGUGUCCUGGCUGCUGAAACAGAAAAAGACGUUAGGUAAAAUCUAAAGAAAUCUGAAUAAACUAUGGACUUGAGUUAAUCACGGGGUUCCUGGGUGCUGCAAAUGCCUAAGCGCUUGGCUAUGAACCAGAAGAUUGGCAGUUCAAGUCCAUCCCAGAGGUGCCUUGGAAGAAAGUCGUGGCGGCCUGCUUCUGAAAAAUCAGUCAUUGAAAACCCUGUAGAGCACAGUUCUAGUCUAAAACACAUGGGGUCGCCAUGAGUUGGAGUCAGCUUUGACAAUAAUUGGUUUGAUUUUGGUUUAGUUAACAUCAGUAUUGGUGCAUUAACUGCAACAAACGUACCAUGCUAAUGUAAGGUGCUAUCAUAGAGGAAACUAAGUGUGGUGGUAUAUGUGAACUCUGUGUACUGUGUUUCCAAUUUUUCUGUAAAUCUAAAAUUGUUCUAAAAAAUAGUCUAUUUUAAAAAUUACAUUGAAGUAGAAGAAAUUUAAAAAUAAAAUCUUCCAUCAGGCAAAUACAAUGAUAUCAGUACAAUAUAGACCCACAGCUUAAAUAUUUGAUAAUAGUGAAAUCCAGCUGUGGAUGGGCACAGAAUGUUCUUACAUGUUAUCACACAAAGACCUGCAUUUGCUCCCAGCUAAGACGACUGUCCACUGUCUAGAUUCUGUCUGGUGCAAAAAUCCGUUUGUCCACACUGCAUGCUCAGACUGAAAAUCAAUCAUUUAUUUACUGUGCUAUCAUUUCAGUGAUUUAAGAGAGAUACGCAAUGUUAAAUAUGUGAAACAAUGAAAAUUUUAUGAAUAAUCAAUUUACAAAUUAAAAACCAGCAAACGGGAAUUCAGCGCUUAACUGUCUUUGGCUCUUCAGUUAAGAUUAUUUGAAUAUGUUUUCAACCUGGAUUAUAAACAAUAUUGUAAGUUAGCUUAAGAAUGGUAUAAAAUAAAAUUAUGAUUUGAAUUAAGGGUUUUCUAAAUCAUUAGCAAAAACAAAUGCUCACAUGUCUUAUUAUAUAUUUACUUCUUUUUUAAAAUACAGUAUUUUUGGUGGCAGUAUAUACACCCAAACAUACAGCCGUUCAGUUUCUACAUGAACAGCUCAAUAACAUUGGUUACAUACUUCACAGUGUCACCGUUCUAUCGCUACCCAUAUUGUUUCAUCAUUGUUAAGUUUAGGCUCUCUGCCCCUUACAGUUCUCGUCCGUACUUUAGAUUACCUGUUGUCAGUUUACACUCAUGUAGGUAAUUCUUUAUAAGAGCACCAUGCUUGAGGUAAUCAUUCCUUAUUAAUUGGCCUACACUGUGAUUCAGUUUAAUGAUGACUUCAUGGGAUAGUUUCAGUUCAAGGUUUAAAGAUUAUUUCCAGGCAUUAGACUCAAGGGUUCCCCCAGUCUUGAUGGAUCCAGUAAGUCUUGUUUCCUAUAUGUUUACUUCUUAAUGCCCAUCUAGAUAUGGACCAGUAAAAACAUAACUGGAAAUGUGAGUGAAAUCUUGGACUUGAUAAAAUAAAUCAGUAACUUCUUUUGGGUAAUGCAAAGAUACUAGAUAAGAUUAUCUAGAGAAGGGACUCUGCAAUCAAAACUGUGAAAUUUUCUUCUACACGGAUAUAACCAAGUGUAGUACUUAUUAACAGGAUAUAAUCAACUACCACGUAACUUAG